CCCACAGCCCCAGCUCUGGGGCUGCCUGCCCGCCCGGAAGGAAGGCUGCCAUGUUGGGAGAUGCCAUCAUGGUGGCCAAAGGCCUUGCCAAGCUGACCCAGGCCGUGCUGGACACCCACCUGCAGCACCUGGGUCUCAGUGGGGAGCUCCUCGUGGCGGUCCGCUCCCUGCAGGCCACUGCCGUCGAGCAGGUCGGCGUGGUCUUCGGGCAGGUGCAGGGGCAGCCCACGCGUGAAGACGCUUACACCCCCGAGGGCUUCGACGACCUGGAAGCGGAGCUGCCGUUCGCAGGGCCACAGGCGACCGGAGCCUCGGCGGACUUCUCUGCAGCGGCUGCCGGGGACCAGGCGCCGGCUCCGCCCCCGGGCCGCGCCCCAGGCCGGGGCCCCGCUCCGGCCUAUGCCGCCGGGGGGCUCCUCUGGGAGGCGGGCCGGGCCGCCUCCCCGGGCAGCGGGGCCCACGGGAGGCUGUUUGCGGACCCUAGAGACUUCUUCUUGGCCGCUGGUGUCCGGCGAAGGUUCUUCCACCAGGACCAGUCUCCCGUGGGGGGCCUCACGGCCGAGGACAUCGAGAAGGCCCGGCAGGCCAAGGCUCGCCCCGAGCGCAAGCCGCACACGCAGGUGCUCAGUGAGCGGGCUCGCGAGCGCAAGGUGCCAGUGACACGGAUUGGGCGGCUGGCCAACUUUGGAGGUGAGGGGGCCCCUCCUGCCUGCCUGGCCAGCGGCGGGGCCCCUCCGCCUCGAGACGGAGGGGGGACGGCCCGCCCUGGCGGCUGCCCUGGCAUUCGCUGCUCCGUGGCUGACUCCGGCCCCUCUGAUGCCCCCCCUGCCCCCGUCCCCGGGAGUCGAGCCGCCGCGCCCUCUGGACGCCGUGCG